AUGGAUGAUAAAGUCAUCACAAAGAUUUGCGAGCGCAUUCCAAAUCAGGUAUACUUUUGGGCAGUUGACUAUGCCAUCGGAGAUAUCAAAACUGUCGACGCAAGGUUGUCAGCAAAUGAGAAGCAGAGCAUCAUCGCUGCGCUGGAUGGAUACUGUAAGCAGGAAGAUUGGGAGCCUUUGAUACAACGUUUUCCAGCUGAUGCUCGAAAGAAAGUCCUUCAGCUCUUUGCUCAAACACUCUGGACCAAGCAUCUCUUUGAGGAUGUCUUCUUGAAGCCCUUUCUCUACUUUGACUUUUAUGAGCAGGAAGAAAUGACCAGCACAGCGGGCAAACCAGACAUCUCGCUUCCGACAAAACUACAGAACAUGUAUCAUAUGUUCCGAACAGUCGAUAAAGGCCAGGCAGAAUUAUGGCGAAGUGACACGGUUCGCCUUGCAAACUCAAUCGUUCCAUUGAACGAAGAGGUAAAUUGGGACGGCCAUACAACAAUUCUGGGCUCGGCACAACUAGUCCUGGGAGAGAGGAGCAAACAAGCAAGAAGAUCCGCAGUUGAACGACUCGUUUCCAAUAUUCUUGACGGUCCGAUGCGGCUCAUGUUGCGUAAACUCUCCAGCCCGAAAGAAGUUGAUCAACGGAGCAAGAUCAUGGUUGACGUCUAUUGCCGUAUGGCCGAACUGGCAACCAGAUGCUGGGCCGAGAGACAACGGUGGGAUAUCCGCGGCCUCGACAAGGUGGACCGCUUCCAUUGGGUCUCGGAGACGCUGGACUUGCACUUUCUCCAGAUGGCGACGAAAGAUGACCCUAAGUUUGAUGGUAAAGCUGUCCUGGUCGUUGUUCAACCCCUUCUAUACCUCUGUGGAGGACUGGACCUUCAGUUCAAUUAUGACAGGAUGAUAGCAAAGGGCUUGGCAAUAGUGGAAGAUCCUGACUCGACUUGA